GCGUGCGCCAUGUUUGUCUUUAGGUAGCAUUUACCUGCGUCCUGUCGGAGUAAAAGUUGUGUUUUGGCUCCUUCAGCUUCUCCUGAAUUCUCCCGACGGGACGCUCAGAGCUUCGUCCUCCAUCCUGUCAGCCGACAGCCGCGGGCUUCACCGGGGCGGAGCUCCUGGACCUUCGUGCGGACCGAGACGCCCCCUUCGGAACUAAUUAGCAUUAGUUAGCCUCUGCUAAAGUCGACAGCCGGCUGCUCUCGGGAUUUUUUUAGACAAUAAAGCGUUUGCCGUAUCUCUCUGUCACCUUUAUGCUUUAUAUCUACAGAAAACUACAGUAACGAGGUCUGGAGGAGAUCCAUCCACCUUCAGAAGGAGAAGAGCAUGAGGAGAUGAAUGGAUCGAAGAUGGAAGCAGAGCAAAGAGGAGAGGACGAUCAACAGCUUCCCACUGAUGGAGACGGGACUCUUCCAGACACCAACAGUCUCUUUGCAUCAAACCAAAGCAGCACUAAGUCAAAAUGCUGUCAUCGCUGUUCAAUCUGCGGCCGCGAGUUUGAUCGUCCGUCCCGGCUGUCGGAUCACAUGAGCGCACAUGCCGGCUACAAACCGCACAGCUGCACCGUGUGCGGCAAACGUUUCACCAAGAAGGUGAACGUGGUGGUUCACCAGCGGGUUCACACCGGAGAGAAGCCGUACUCCUGCCCCGACUGCGGCGUCAGCUAUGCCCAGAUGAGCUGCCUGCGGAGGCACCGGCUGCGACACGCCGCCGAGAAACCCUACCGCUGCUCGACCUGCGACCGAGGAUUCGUCCAGCGGCGGUAUCUCAUCCAACAUGAGCGGACGCACACCGGAGAGCCGCCGUUCUCCUGUCUGCUGUGCCCCAAACGCUUCGCCUCCAAGUCGGGGCUCAGCGACCACCAAAAGACACACACAGACCAGAACCUUUACUCCUGCUCGCUCUGCGAGAAGGUUUUCUCCACACCGUCGUCUUACAGGGACCACGUGAGGCUGCACACGGGUCAGAAGCCACACACCUGCUCGCUGUGCGGCAAGAGCUUCAACCGGCCGGGCCUCCUGAAAAAACACUUGCAGAAACACAGCGAGCAAGAACAUGAGGUCGAAGCUGACAAGACGCCGCAGCUGUACACCUGCGACAUCUGCGGCCGUGUGUUCACCAGAUCGUCGCGGCUGAAGGAGCACAUCAGGUCUCACACCGGGGAGAGGCCGUACGAAUGCGACGUCUGCCAGAAGCGAUUCGCUACGCUGAGAGUGAUGAGGAAGCACCAGGAGAUCCACAGCAGGCUGAGAGGCGACGCCGCCACGACGCCGCCAGGCGACCAGAAACCAGAGAUGCUGCUCGUCCGUGUGAAGGAGGAGGAUGGAAACGAGGAGGAAGCAGAGGAGGUGGUGCAUUCAGUGAUCGACGGCGACACAGAGAAGCUCCACACCUGCUCCGUCUGCGGCAAAAGCUUCCCGAAGAUUGCCAGGCUCCGAGAUCACUUCAAGAACCACGUCAGGGAGAAGCUGCACUGCUGCUCAGUGUGCCAGAAAUUCUUCAGCACCGUCACCAGCCUGAAGGCCCACGAGAAAACCCACCUGGACGACAAGCCUCACCCCUGCAGCAUCUGCUCCGUGAGCUUCCUGAGACCCUGCCUGCUCCGCGACCACAUGAGGACUCACGCCCAGGACAGACUCACCGCAGAGCCUGCAGACAAGGUGUUGUGGUCCAAAGUGAAGAUUGAAGACCAGUAUGAAGUGACGGUGAAGGAGGAAGAGGAAGAGGUGGAAGGUGUGACUCAGCAGGUGAAGGAGGAGGAAGAGGAGAAAUGUGUGGAUGAGCAGAACUCAGAAAGCCGUUCUACCAGACCACUGCCUGGUAACCACGACAACCAGCUGUCAGAGGGAGAUGUCAGCGGGUUGAUAAACUCUGACGGAGAAGGAGAGGACUUGAGGCCGACGUUCAUCGAUCCAGACGGACGCUCAGACCCGCAGGCUGACGACAGCGGCGCUGACGGUAAAAGGAGGCACUGCUGCCCGUUGUGCGGCCGCGACUGCUUCAAGGCGUCGGCGCUGCAGAAACACCUGCGGAUCCACUCCGGCGAGCGUCCGUUCCAGUGCCCGAUCUGCAAGAAGGGCUUCAGCCAGCAGGCGCACAUGAGGGAGCACCAGAGGAUCCACACCGGAGAGCGGCCCUACACCUGCGAUGACUGCGGCAAAAGCUUCACCUUCUCCAGCGCUCUGCGCCGCCACCAGCGGCUGCACACCGACGCCCGGCCGUACCAGUGCACCAUCUGCCAGAAGACCUUCAAGCAGCAGAGCUCGCUUAAGAGCCACCAGCUGAUACACGCUGGCGUCCGCUACCAGUGUCCGCUGUGCAGCAAGAGCUUCAGCCGCGCCCUCGAGCUCACCUACCACGUCGACAUGCACUCCGACGCCCGGCCAUACUUCUGCAACAUCUGCAAGAAGAACCUGAGCGGCGCCCGCCACUUCCGCAAACACAUGAGGAAGCACGAGUCUCCGAACUCUUUGCUGUCGCGGAGGCUGCUGCCACAAGCCGAACCGGGAGAAACCAAAACUGUCGCAGAGGUCUGACUGUAAAAAAAGACACAGAAGGAAUCACUGAAGAGGCCUUUGACUUCUCAGCAGCUGUGUAGAGUACAAGUCACCUUCAGGGUGUCUGAAGCAGAGGAUGCUGAGCUUCAUCAUGUUUCAGAUGUCAUCAGUUCUGUCCAAUCAGAGGAGAAUGAACGCCUUAAAGGAGCAUUUUGGGUUUGAGAUGUUUGUGUAUCACGUGCAGAAAUGGAGUCUAGACAUUGUUAGCCUAGCUUAGCAUUAGGGCUGCAACUAUUUAUCAACUGAAUCAACUAUUUACUGCCAAUUAUGUGUUUUGAUUAAUCGGAUUAAGUCGUUUUUUUUGAAGAAAAAAAGUCUGAAAUCUGUGGUUUCAGCUUCUUUUAUGUUAAUGUUAAGAUGUCCGAAUAUGUCGUCGUGAACUUUGGAGACGCUGACAAACAUUUUUCGCCAUUUUCUGACAUUUUACAAACCAAACAACUGACUGAUUCGUCCAGCAAAUAAUUCACAGAAUAACAACAGUGAAAAGAACUGUUAGUUUUUGUUUUGAUCGGCCCAAAGUCUAAAAACCUUAAAAAUAUUCAAUUUACAAUUUAACAAGACAAAGACAAUAAGCAGAUCUUCUCUUUUGAGAUGCUAAAAUCUGCAAAUAUUUGAUUUUAUUCCCUGUAUUUCUGAAUUUCAGAUUAAAUUACAGGAUGACUUUUUUUCUGAACUGAAAACACAGAAGGAGUCCAUGUAGCCCAGUUCUGCUGAAUUCUACUGAAUAGAGCUGCAACAAUUUAUUGAUUCGUUGACAACUAAUCUAUCGGUUUGACUCAUUUCUCAAUAAAAACUCUCUAAAUUCGAUAAGUGCUACUUCUUAAAUGUGAAUAUUUUGGGGUUUUUUUCCUCCUCUGUUACAGUAAAGGUAAUCUCUUUGGGCAAAACAAGACAUUUGAGGAAACACUGAUCCACAUUUUACUCCAUUUUCUGACAUUUUAGAGACCAAACAGCUGAUAGAUUGUAAAUAAUCUGUAGUUGCGGCUCUACUCAGCCUAAAGAAAGCAGCAGGUGACGAGUAGUCUGAACGCCCAGAGUUUAAAAAUACACCAGCUUCUAAAAACACGCAACUUAAGGUUGCAGGAGUCAAACGUUUUUGUUUUUUUUAAGCUCGACAACUCCCAAAAAAGGGUCUUAACAUAUAGAAGUCCCCAUGAAUGGUCUGUACAUUUGUGUUAGCAGACAGAUGACACAAACAAGAUGUGAUGAGUUAAUUAGACGUGUUGUUGGUGUAUCUCUGAACCUUAGACAGAGCCAGGCAUCUGUUACCGCUUUCAGAUUUGUGUCGAUUAACCAAAGUGCUUUGGUUGCAUAAGUCAGACAGAAGGCUGAAUGUGAAGCCGGUUUAGUGACACGUUUCUGGAUGCAGAAGGAACAAACCCACACUGACAGCUCUGUACAUGAACUGACAGUCACGUGAGUGUGUUUUAAAAGUGAGAACUUGAGCUGUAAGUUGGAUAUCUGGUGCUUUAGUUUGUGUUUAAGACUAGAAGGUUGAGUGUCGGUGCCUUGUUCAAAGACUCUGUGUCAUGUUGAUUAGUAACUGAUGAGCUGCUGCAGACAGUCGGUGAAAUCAAAAUGUUUAAGACUAAUUAAUCUAUUUAAAGCAGGAAUUCUCUGUCGCUGACUGUGAACCAAACCUGAAUAAACGUAUUCAGUCAAACGUUU